AUGGGUGUAGAACUGAAAGGAAAUGGCCAUGGGGAGGCGCCCAUGAACCCUACGAUUGCGGUCCCUCUAUUCGUCGCCGGUGGACUCGUCGCCAUCUUGUUCGCCUGGAAUACCGCCAUUCGCAUUCGACACCGUCAACGUUCGAAAGAGGCACGGGCAGGAACAGACCAAACACAGUUGUCACGGACAAAUCGCUUCAAUGCCUCCCUGAAGAAGCAUCUACUAUACGCUCCGCUAUGGGGUAAUCGUCAUAGUCGCGAGUUCCGGUUCCUCAGACUCCACAUGGGAUCGCUUCCACUGCGACUGGAAGUGAUUUGCCUUUUGAUAUACCUAGGCUUGAACAUCAUUUUCAUCAUUGUGACAGUUGAUUGGUGGAUCAGUGAUUACUCCAUGAAGAUGUUCCAGCUUAAGUAUUCUGCAGGCCAUCUGGCUGUCAUGAAUACACCGGGUUUAGUCCUGAGUGCUGGGCGGAAUAAUCCGCUGAUUCAUCUGCUUGGUAUCUCAUUCGAUGGCUUCAACUAUAUGCAUCGCUGGGUGGGACGUGUGAUCGCUACCAAUGCGGUGAUCCACAUGAGUGCAGUGUUGGCUAACCAAGCCUAUAUGCACGGUACGGAAUAUGUUCUCUAUGCUGUCUGGCAACAGCGCCUCUACAUCUGUGGCCUUGUGGCCGUUCUUGGAUUCAUUUUCAUUGUUGUUCAAUCACUGUCGCCGGUCCGACAUUCAUUCUACGAACUAUUCCUUCACCUGCAUAUUGCCUUGGCAGUGAUGUCUUUCGUUGCCCUCUGGUAUCAUCUGCAGAACCUAUUGCAACAGCAAGUGCUUCUAGGUACAUUAAUCCUAUGGGGCCUCGAUCGCGCAGGUCGGCUCGGUAUACUACUCUGGAGAAACAUUGGCAGACAACCCACAACUGCCACCAUUGAAGCCUUGCCUGGGGCUGUCGCCCGUGUCGAUGUCGCUGUCUCUCGAGCCUGGCGCUUCCGCCCUGGCCAGUACAUGUAUCUCUACCUGCCGUGUUUGGGUUUGUGGACAUCACAUCCUUUCACUGUUGCGUGGACAUCUACUAGUUCAGAUUCUUUGAAUAUGGGCGAGAAGCGCAGCUCAAGUGACUCCCUGAAGGCUCUUAUUGGAGGGUCGGAAACUACUACCAUGUCUGUCCUUAUCAAGGGACAGGAUGGAUUCACGAAGAAACUUAUUCAAAAGGCGGAGGACUCCGCCGAGGGACGGAUCAAUGCUAUGGCUUUGGCGGAGGGACCAUUUGGUGGUAUCCAUUCACUCGACUCGUACGGCACUCUGCUUUUGAUCGCUGGCGGCAUUGGCAUUACACACCCAAUGUCGUACCUGAACGAGGUCGUUGGCACCUUUGCCGAGCAGAAAACAGCUACACGCAAGGUCCGUCUGGUUUGGAUCGUUCGCAGCCUAGACCACCUCACAUGGAUCCAAACAUUUAUGAGAGAGAUCCUUGGCCACGACUCGCUGUCAAGUCCAAUAAACCAGAACGGCCACUCAUAUUUCCAAUUCCCAAAGCUACUACUAUCAAUCAGCCUCCAUGUCACAGCACACAAAGACACCGUGGAAGAAUAUAUCCCCGCACCAGAUACGCCAUGGACUCAUUGCGCCCCUCCAAGUGUACCAGUUAGUAUUCACCAUGGCAAGCCAUGUAUCCAAUCUGUCCUAGAAAAGGAAAAGGCAGAGCAAAUUGGUGCGAUGGCGGUUAGCGUGUGCGGUCCUGGCGGCCUGGGCGAUAGCGUGCGUGAAGCUGUCAGGAAUGUGCAAGGCGAGAAGACAGUUGAUCUGUUUGAAGAGACUUUCUCGUGGUAG